CCUCUAGCCUGGUUUCUUUGUGGCGAUGAGCUGAGCAACAAGUCUGGUUUGUGUGAAGGUAUUUCUUUCUGUAAAAUCACAAAGCCAGCCCAUCACCUCAGUCCUCACACUGACAUUUCACUCUCGGCUGCUGGAGUGUCGGCCGCUGCCAUCUGCCUGCCGCUCACUCCCACGCGCCGCAAUGUGCCACUCCCCACUCGGCGCCGCCACCACCACCGCGGGGGCGCUAGCGCUCCUCUUCCUCCUGCCGCUAGCCUCGGCCGCCGCCGCCGGCGGCGGCACCGCGGCGAAGGCGACGCCCAACAUCACGGCGCUCAUGUCCAAGGGCGGGUGCAAGGCGUUCGCGUCGCUGCUGGACAAGUCCCCCGACGCUCUGUCGGCGUUCGAGUCGGCGGUGAGCGGCGGCGUGACGGCGUUCUGCCCGACGGACGAGGCCGUGCGCGGGUUCAUGCCCAGCUACCGGAACCUGAGCGCGGACGGCAAGGCGUCGCUGCUGCUGUUCCACGCGGUGCCCGUGUACUACACGCUGCGGGGCCUGAAAUCCAGCAACGGGCCCAUGAACACGCUGGCCACCGACGGCGCCGCCAGCAACUACAACCUGACGGUGCAGAACGCGGGCGACCAGGUGACGCUGCGGACGCCGGCGGCCGACGCGCCGGCCCGCGUGCGCUCCACCGUCUACGACAGGGACCCCGUCGCCAUCUACGCCGUGGACGCGGUGCUGGAGCCCGUGGAGCUGUUCGACCCCGUGGCGGACGCGCCGACCCCUGCGCCCGCGCCGGCGCCGGCGCUGGCGCCUAGGUCCGCCAAGCGGACGCGGCACCAGCGGCGGCGCGGAGCGGACGCGCCUGGCCCGGCCGCCGCCGACGCCUCGCCGGCCGACCAGAGGAAGGACUACAAGAAGAACGCGGCGGCCCCGUGCCGCACGCGGUGGCUCGCGACCGCCGCCGCCGCUAUCGCCGUGGCCGCCGCCUUGGCUGCUUAGGGCGGGGUGGUUUAAAGAUUGCUCGGCCACCCAGCUGUUGUCUUUGGAUGGAGACGCCAUGCCUUUUUGGUUCUUGGUCAUGCUCGGUUGCUUAUUACUUCAUCGAUUACUGCCGUUGUUAGUAUGAAGUAUGAACAAGGUCGAUAU